AUGCAGGGUAUUCUAGACGCUUUUAACCAAUCCCAACAUGAACCGUUAUCUAUGAUUGGACAACCAGUUGUCCUUCCAUCUUCUUUCAUUGGUGGUCCCCGUGACAUGCAACAAAGAUAUAUGAAUGCUAUGGCUCUUGUACAAGAAUUUGGUAAGCCUGAUUUUUUCCUUACAAUCACUUGUAAUCCACAAUGGCCAGAGAUUCAAGAACUCUUAGAACCAUUUGAAUUAUCAACUGAUAGACCUGACAUUGUUGCUCGUGUGUUUAGAAUGAAACUAGAAGAACUAAAAAACGAACUUUUCAAACAACACUUGCUAGGUAAAGUGCAGGCGUAUUCAUAUGUCAUUGAGUUUCAAAAAAGAGGAUUGCCACAUGCCCAUAUGUUACUUAUCAUGUAUCCAAAAUUUAAAUUACACAACCCCACAAGCUACGACAAAUUUAUAUCUGCAGAACUUCCUAAUAGUAACUUAAACCCCUACUUAUUGCAACUCGUCUUGAAACAUAUGAUGCAUGGUCCUUGUGGCUCUCAAAACCCAACUAAUGUGUGCAUGGUUGAUGGACAAUGUAAGAAUCAUUACCCAAAGGAAUUUGUGGAUGAAACAAUUCAUACUCCAAAUGGAUAUCCUAAGUAUAAAAGACAAAAUAAUGGCAUUUUUGUUAUUGUGCGUGGACGUACUUUGGACAACCGUUGGGUGGUACCAUAUAAUCCAUAUUUACUUGCUAAGUUUGAUUGUCAUAUAAACUUGGAAGUAUGCUCGAGUGUCAAACUUGUAAAAUAUCUCUACAAAUAUGUGUAUAAAGGUCAUGAUCGGGUAACACCCGACACACCUCGUGAUGAGAUUAUUGAUUUCCAAACUGGCCGUUGGGUUGCUCCACCUGAAGCUUGUUGGCGUAUUUUUGCAUUCCCCUUGACAGAUAUGCACCCUCCUGUACUUGCUCUGCAAUUGCAUUUACCUAAUUUUCAGUACACUUCAUUCAAAGUAACAGACUCUUUACAAGAUGUUGUAACAAAUGCACGUGCCCACAAAACUAUGCUUACUGAAUUCUUUGUCAUGAAUGCAACCAACGCAUAUGCCAAGGCACUUAAUCUACUUUACAAAGAGUUCCCAAAACAUUUCGUAUGGGAUCAGGCACAUAAUAAUUGGAAUUUUCGCAAACAAGGUUCAAUAGUAGGGAGGAUUGUUACAGCAAGGCCAACUGACCAAGAAAGAUAUUUUCUUCGCCUUCUUUUGCAGUACCGUCGUGCUCCUGUAUCAUACGAGGACUUAAGAACAGUUGAUGGUGUUAUACAUGAUUCAUUUAGAAAUGCAUGCGUCGCGUUAGGAUUAUUAGAGAGUGAUAUUCCAUUGGUGGAUUGUUUGCGAGAAGCUGCACUUUUUCAAAUGCCCCAUGCUUUUGCACAAUUAUUUGCUACCAUACUUGUUUUUUGUACACCAUCUGAACCUAUACAACUAUGGGAGAUGUUCAAACAAUAUUGUGUCCCAAUUACCACAAUCUCGUCUUCAUUUCCACUUUUUCCUAUUGAUCGUGCUGCUGCCAUAAUUGUAGAAAAAUUCCUUGAACCAUUUGGUAUGCAUAUUCAUGACUUUGGAAUAUGCAUGCCCGAACAGUCCGAAAAUGGCCUAAUUGAAAUAACUUUACAACAGCCAUCGCCUGCAGAAUUUAACCUGGUCACACUCCCAGGAAUUAUUGACAAACUUAAUUUACAACAACAGUUCGUCUUUAACACUAUUAUUGAGAAACUGCAUAACAAGAAACCUUAUGUCUCAACAUCUGGAGUUGCUGCAUCGCUCCUUCCUAAUGGUCAAACUGCCCACUCAAAAUUCAAAUUGCCAUUGGAUAUUAAUGAGCAUAAGACUUGUCAGAUAAGCAAACAGUCUACCUUAGCAAAUGAGUUACGACAUACCGACCUAAUUAUUUGGGAUGAAAUUUCAAUGGCAAGACGUGAACUAAUUGAGGCUUUUGACAUUACUAUGAGAGAUAUUAUGGAUAACAACAUCAGUUUUGGUGGUAAAGUUAUAAUCUUCGGGGGGGAUUUCCGUCAAAUUACUCCUGUCAUAAGAGACGGAACAAAGGACCAGUACAUCGAAGCAAGUUGUGUAUCGUCUCCUCUAUUUACACAUGCAGAUAAGUUUCACUUAACUGUCAACAUGCGAGCACAAAACGAUAAAUCAUUUGCAGCAUUUAUUGAGGAAGUAGGGAACAACUCUUGUGUAAAUAACAACAAAGGAGAGAUUCAGAUCCCAACAACUUCAUUGAUUACCUCUGAAAAUAAUGACUUGUUGCAACUAAUUGACAAGAUCUACCCACACAAUUUACUCCAUCCAAGUUCCUCUGCUGCAUUAAUUGGUAGAUCUAUAUUGACACCAACCAACGAGACAGUUGAUACUAUUAACAAUCAAAUAAUUGAAAGCAUGUUUGGAGAACCAAUCGUACUAAUUGCAAGAGAUGUAACUAAAGAUCCAUCACAACAAGCACAUUAUGAAGAUUACCUAAAUACUUUGACACCUAAUGGUAUGCCACCUCAUAGAUUAGUUUUGAAGACAGGUGCACCAAUAAUGCUAUUGCGUAACUUAGACCCCACAAAUGGCCUUUCAAAUGGUACACGGCUUGUUUGCAAGCAAAUUACACGCAAUCUCUUACAAGCAGAGAUUGCAACUGGCCCGCAAAAAGGAACUUUAUGCUUCAUACCACGAAUACCUUUAAAGCCUAACAAUAUACAUGAAUGCUCUGUUGAGUUCAUACGUACUCAAUUUCCAGUGAAGUUGUGCUUCUCAAUGACCAUUAACAAAUCACAAGGGCAGACAUUAGACGUUGUUGGAGUGUACAUGAAACAACCGGUAUUUAUGCAUGGCCAACUAUAUGUUGCACUAUCAUGA